GUGCCUUUCUCCAACUGCAGCAGGGACUGCCUCCCGGGCACCAGGAAGGGCAUCAUCGAGGGAGAGCCCACCUGCUGCUUCGAGUGCGUGGACUGCCCCGACGGGGAGUACAGCGAUGAAACAGAUGCAAGUGCCUGUGACAAGUGCCCUGAGGAUUACUGGUCCAAUGAGAACCACACGUCCUGCAUCCCCAAGCAGAUAGAGUUUCUGUCCUGGACCGAGCCCUUUGGGAUCGCUCUGACUCUCUUUGCUGUGCUGGGAAUUUUCCUGACUUCUUUUGUCCUGGGAGUCUUCACCAAAUUUCGCAACACGCCCAUCGUCAAGGCCACAAACCGGGAACUGUCCUACCUCCUCCUCUUCUCCUUGCUCUGCUGCUUCUCCAGCUCGUUGUUCUUCAUUGGCGAGCCGCAGAACUGGACUUGCCGUCUGCGGCAGCCGGCUUUCGGCAUCAGCUUUGUCCUCUGCAUCUCCUGCAUCCUGGUGAAAACCAACCGCGUCCUGCUCGUCUUCGAGGCAAAGAUCCCCACGAGCCUCCACCGAAAGUGGUGGGGCCUCAACCUCCAGUUCCUCCUGGUCUUCUUGUGUACGUUCGUGCAGAUUGUCAUCUGCGUGAUUUGGCUUUACACGGCCCCGCCAUCCAGUUACCGAAACCACGAACUGGAGGAUGAGAUUAUCUUCAUCACCUGCCAUGAAGGCUCCCUGAUGGCCCUCGGCUUCCUCAUUGGCUACACCUGCCUCCUGGCAGCCAUCUGCUUCUUCUUCGCCUUCAAGUCUCGAAAGCUGCCCGAGAACUUUAACGAGGCCAAGUUCAUUACCUUCAGCAUGCUGAUCUUCUUCAUCGUCUGGAUCUCCUUCAUCCCUGCUUACGCCAGCACGUACGGCAAGUUUGUCUCUGCCGUGGAGGUGAUCGCGAUACUGGCCGCCAGCUUCGGGCUCCUGGCCUGCAUCUUCUUCAACAAAGUCUACAUCAUCCUCUUCAAGCCCUCCCGCAACACGAUCGAGGAGGUGCGCUGCAGCACGGCCGCCCACGCUUUCAAGGUGGCUGCCAGGGCCACGCUGAGACGGAGCAACGUGUCACGCAAGCGCUCCAACAGCCUGGGGGGCUCCACCGGCUCCACCCCGUCCUCCUCCAUCAGCAGCAAGAGCAACCACGAAGACCCUUUUCCUCUACCAGCCUCCGCCGAGCGGCAGCGCCAGCAGCAGCGUGGGUGCAAGCAAAAAGUCAGCUUCGGGAGCGGCACGGUCACGCUGUCGCUGAGCUUCGAGGAGCCGCAGAAGAACGCCAUGGCCAACAGGAACGCCAAGCGCAGGAACUCCCUGGAGGCCCAGAACAGCGACGACAGCCUGAUGCGGCACCGGGCCCUGCUUCCCCUGCAGAACAGUGAGCCCAUCGGCGCUGAGCCUGGCUUCCAGGCAGCUUCCAGCCCAGAGACCAGCUCGCAGGAGUCGGUGGUGGGAGACACCAAGGAAGAGGUACCGAGCCCUGAGGCGGAGCCUUCCCUGCCGUCGGCUAACUCCCGAAAUUUUAUAGGCACUGGAGGUGGCUCUGUCACAGAGAACACGGUACAUUCCUAA